UCAGUAGCAGAAGAAAAACUGCUGUGAAAACAUGUUAUUGUGCAUGAACAUUUAAUCUUGAUUUUAAUUUACAAAUGUGCUUCAGAAACAUGGUAAUAUCGCAUGUUGCUGUGAUGAACGAGAGACUUUUAUUUUUGCUUCGCCGAACGGCGUCAUGACGUCAUAGCAACAGUGACGGAGGCUGUUGUGCGUCUGCUGAGGAAAGAUCUGCACCUCCGUACCACAUCACACCAGAGAUCCUGAUUGACAUCUUCAGUGAAGAUCCUCCCAUUUCUGGGAGUAAAUCAGUCAUUUUACAGGUGAAGAGGCUGGAAUAGUCCUGGUGUAACACACUGUCCAAAAGAUGGAGUUUGUCAGAGUGGUGAUUGGGGACGUGAGCGACCCGGAACCAUUCAAAAUAUUAAAGGAUGAUCCUGAGGAACAAAGAGACCUGGUGGAGGUGAAGGAGGAAAGUCAAGAGCUGAAUGAAAUGGAGGAGAAACAGCAUUUUGAGAAACCUGAUGCAAUCAUAACCAGUGAAAAAUCUUUGAGUCGCUCACAGACUGAAAAUAAAAGUACGCCGAAAACGGCGCUCGUCUGCCCUCACUGUGGAAAGACUUUUAAACAAAGAGGACACCUUGACGAUCACAUAAGGACUCACACCGGAGAAAAGCCUUACGCGUGCCUUCAGUGCGGAAAGAGCUUCACACAUAAAGGAAACCUUAAGGAUCACAUGAGGAUUCACUCCGGAGAGAGGCGGUUUGCGUGUCAGCAGUGUGGGAAGAGAUUCACGCAUAAAGCGAACCUUACGGAUCACAUCAGGAUCCACACGGGGGAGAAGCCGUUCGGCUGCACGCAGUGCGGGAAGAGUUUCACACACGCCACGAGUCUCAAGACUCACCUGCUGUCUCACUCCGGAGAACGGCCGUUUAACUGCGACCAGUGCGGACAGAAAUUCAUUUUGGCGGCGCACUUGAAAAGACACCUGAAAAUCCACACCAACGAGAGGCCCUAUGUGUGCUCCUUCUGCGGGAAGAGCUUUUUAUGGCUCUGCUAUUUUAAAGACCACCAGAAGAAGCACACGGGUGUGAAAGCGCAUGUGUGCUCCGAGUGCGGCAGCGCCUUCACCAGAGCCAGUGAACUGAAAAUGCAUCAAAGAACGCACACCGGAGAAAAACCCUACACGUGCUCGUACUGCGGGAAGAGCUUCGCCGAGUCUGGAAACUUGAAAAAACACGAGCGGGUUCACACCGGAGAGAAACCGUACCAGUGUCCCUCGUGUGGAGGCAGUUUCAGCCAGUUCAGCCAUUUACUGAGACAUUUGAAACAGCAGAGCUGUCACAGAAAAUUGACACAGUUCAUCUUCAGGCCUCAGGAUGAACAAAGCUCAUCUUCAGGUGCAACACUGUCCAUUGAAUCAAAGGUAGAAUUUCUGCCGAAAUAGCAGGACUGUGAUAUUUAUAGUGCUGUGAGAAAGGUGUAUACUGCUGACAAAGUCAGUCUAGGAUCACUUUAAAGAAUUUUAUUAAAAAUAAUCCAUCAGUCAUCUGUUGUUAUAUGUUUUAUCUAACCUGGAUUUUGUAAUGGAAACAUCCAUAGCAGCUGACAUGGCAUUAAAAACAAACAUCAUCUGAGAGCAUAUUGUAUUAAAUGCAUUACUUUGAGUGAUGAUGAUUAGAGGAUGAAGAUGAAUAGUUCAGAGUAGUAGGUUGCUGUGAAGUGCCAUGUUUUAAAAGUGUUUUUUUUAUGUUGAUGUAGCAGUAGUACAAAAGAUAUAUUUAUAUGGGAUAGUUCACUCAAAAAUGUAUCUUCUGUCAUCAUCAUCUCUGUCAUCAUGUUGCUCCAGACCUGUAUGGAAAGUGAUGUUUAAGCCUUUUGAAAAGUUGCAAAUUUAACUUGCGUGUAAAAUUGGAAUAUAACACAAAAUAUUUGCGAAUAAAGCACAGUUUUCAAGAGUCAAAAAGAACAAAAUCAUCACUUCCUGAAAACUGACACUAGAGGUCACUAAGAGAAGCCACAGAAUAGAAU